AUGUCACAACAAUCUGCCAUCCCCUUUGAAAGAGAGGCCUUGGACUCUGUCUUGAAGAGACGCUUCUUCUUUGCGCCGGCCUUUGAAAUUUACGGCGGUGUUUCCGGCUUGUACGACUACGGCCCACCGGGCUGUGCCCUCCAGGCCAACAUCGUUGACACCUGGAGAAAACACUUUAUCCUCGAGGAAGACAUGUUGGAGGUCGACUGUACCAUGUUGACGCCAUACGAGGUUUUGAAGACCUCCGGUCACGUCGACAAGUUUGCCGACUGGAUGUGCCGCGACUUGAAGACCGGUGAGAUUUUCAGAGCCGACCACUUGGUCGAAGAGGUUAUUGAGGCCAGAUUGAAGGGCAACAAGGAAGCCAGAGGUAUCAUCGAGGAGGCCGCCGAGGAAGACGCCGAAAAGAAAAAGAGAAAGAAGAAGGUUAAGGAAAUCAAAGCCGUCAAGUUGGAAGACUCUGUCGUGGAGGAGUACGAAACCAUCUUGGCCAAGAUGGAUGGCUUCUCCGGUAAGGAGUUGGGUGAUCUCAUGCUCAAAUAUGCCAUCGGCAACCCCGCCACCGGCGAGCCGCUCGAGCAGCCAAAGGAGUUCAACUUGAUGUUCGAGACCGCUAUCGGGCCAUCCGGCGCGUUGAAGGGCUACUUGAGACCAGAAACCGCCCAGGGCCAGUUCUUGAACUUCUCCAAGUUGUUGGACUUUAACAAUGAGAGAAUGCCGUUCGCGUCCGCCUCCAUCGGGAAGUCGUUCAGAAACGAAAUCUCUCCAAGAUCCGGGUUGUUGCGUGUCCGUGAGUUUUUGAUGGCCGAAAUCGAGCACUUUGUCGACCCACAGGACAAGUCCCACGCCUCGUUCCACGAGGUCAAGGACGUUACUCUCCGCUUCUUGGCCAAGGACGUGCAGUCCGCUGGUAAGACUGAUAUCAUCGAGACCACCGUCGGUAAGGCUGUCGCCUCCGGCAUGGUUGACAACGAAACCUUGGGGUACUUCCUCGCCAGAAUCUCCUUGUUCUUGAUCAAAAUCGGUGUCGACCCGGCCAGAAUGAGAUUCAGACAACACAUGGACAACGAAAUGGCCCACUACGCCACCGACUGUUGGGACGCCGAGUUGCAGACCUCUUACGGCUGGAUCGAGUGCGUCGGGUGUGCCGAUAGAUCUGCUUACGAUUUGUCGGUCCACGCCGCCAGAACCAAGGAGAAGUUGGUUGUCAGACAGCCGUUGGAGACCCCGUUGACCGUGACCAGGUUCGAGGCUGAGAUUGAGAAGAAGAAGUUUGGGCCAAAGUUCAGAAAGAGCGCUCCAUUGGUCGAACAGUGGUUGGUUUCUAGAACCGAGUGCGAGUUGGAGGAGUUGGCCAAGGAAAUGGCUGCCAACGGCAAGAUCGUCUUCAAGGUCGAAGGCAUCGAGGAGGAUGUCGAGUUGGACACCUCUUUUGUUGUCAUCGAGCAGAAGACUAGAACCGAGCAUAUCAGAGAGUUCACUCCAAACGUCAUCGAGCCAUCCUUCGGGCUCGGCAGAAUCAUGUACUCCAUCUUUGAGCACUCCUUCUGGAGAAGACCGGAGGACAAGGACAGAGCCGUGUUGUCCUUGCCACCGUUGGUUGCCCCAACCAAGGUCUUGUUGGUUCCGUUGUCCAACUCUCCAGAGUUGCAGGCCGUCACCAAGAAGGUGUCUGCCAUCUUGAAGAAGGCCGUCAUUCCGUUCAAGAUUGACGACUCUUCGGCCUCUAUCGGUAAGAGAUACUCCAGAAAUGAUGAGUUGGGUACCCCAUUCGGUAUCACCAUCGAUUUCGAGUCUGUCGGCGACUUUUCCGUCACCUUGAGAGAGAGAGACUCCACCAAGCAGGUCAGAGGUUCCGUUGAGGACAUUGUUGCCGCCAUCAAGGAGGUUACCUAUAACGGUGCCACCUGGGAAGAGGGUACCAAGAACUUGAAGGCGUUCGAGACCAAAGUUGAGGAGGAAUAA